CAUAUCAAAACGAUAACAAUUUUCCAAUAAUUUUUUUACUUUAAUAUUAUUAGUAAUUUAAAAUCAAUUUUUAAUUUAAUAAAAAUAAAUAUAUAAUUGAAUUUUAAAAUAGGCAGUGAAUAUCGCCCAGAAACGAAUUAAGCAAUGGCGCGGUCAACGACAGCCAAUGCUUCAAAUAUUCUAGAGAGAUUCAGUGGGAGCACCACAUCAACAACAACCACCCCCACCAACAAUAUCGUCGUGGUUGCGAAAUCUAACAACGGCAAUAAGCGACCACCUAUCAUCAUUUAUCCCACUGUGACGCCCGAGUCGAUAGUAGUGCCGAUUGUAUCGUGUAUAUUUGGCUUUCCAUUAUUGGCGUUAACAGUUAUAUGUUGCUUGCGGCGGAGAGCUAAAUUGGCAAGGGAGCGUGCUCGACGUCGUAAUUGCGAAUUAGAUCGGGGUGAGUUGUCUGUUGUGAGACUGUCCCCAGUAAAGGCCAGGCCUCGUGCAGUCAGUCUCAUUAGAUCGCCCCGACCACCACCGACGUUAGAACUGGACACUGUCCUGGAGGAGCGAUCCGAUCCGGAACAAACAACACUUUCACAAAUCGAGAUAACACCAGACCGCGAAGUGGGUUCAAUUCUGUUCAGCACGAUAGGCGCUGUGGGUAGCGCCGCUGUGUCCGCAGCCACCUGCGCUCGGGACAGCUAGCGGCGGGGCUCAGCGCAGCUCGGAGCGCGAUCGCCGCUCUGGGCUGCGCUGACAAGCCAACCCAUCGACGAUGACGUAGAAGAUGUCCCCGAUACAGACAGCUAGCAGAUACAAGAUGAUCACUCUAUCGCCGACAUCGGCGAACGUAUGAAACUCUUUCUGGACAUUCCACUUAGAUUUUAGUUCAAGUGCAUCGAAAGACUCCAACGUCAAUAAAUAACGAGAGUGAUCAAAGACUUUAUACGUAAUUAAAUAAAAUAACUUGGUAAAUACUAGUUAAGUAGGUAUAGUAAUAAAAUGGUGGACAAUUAAUAAUUAUAAGUAAUUAUAAUAAACAACAUCGAGUGUUAAGUUAUAUGACAUUACUUUAGCGUUCCUUAGUAAAUGUUCAUACGAAAUUAAAAAAUAUACUUAUUAAAGAAACAAGAUAUAAAAAAUCAUAUCAAAUAUCAAAAGCGGUCAAUACGUAUAAUAAAUUGUUAAUAAGAUGGAAAGAAGAAAUUUCGCCGCAGGGUACCUCUUUUAUUAAAGCUGGCCCUUGAAGUUUCAUUCAUUUUCAAAGUUU